AUUGGCGGGCUACUGAUAUACGAUUGUAUGAACAGACUGUUGUCAUCAAAAUUUCUGUAUUCAUUCUGGCUAGAAGGGGAGAGCCAUUGUCUUUUCAAGAUUAAAUUUGGUUUAAAAGUUGGACCAUCGCCGCCUACGUAUCUACCAAACUCCUUUGGCUUUGUGUACUUUUCGGACCAGUUUCGUCCUUAUUUCCAAUUUUGGGCAUCUACCCACGCCUUGUUGUGACCUGUCGGCUGUUGUUUAUCAUCAGACACUUCAUCCGAGCGGUCUUGGUGAGGCAUCUCCGUGUCGGAAUCACAUUCUCAUCACCUAGACCCUGUCGUUCCUCCGGCCAGAAGAGCCCGGCGUGGUGUUAAUCUACACCAGUGGACGCCGUCUUGAUUUCAGGUCGUUCUUGGAUUAAUUCCAGAUCGUUGCCGGGUCUGUGUGCUCUGCAUACGUGAUAAACUCUUAUUAGGGCUAUCGCAGAAACGGAACAGUCAACCGAGUUGUAGCCAGUGAGACUCUGAAGUCAUUUCUUGUCCAGACGCUGUCCCCCUUCGUGGAGGGGAACGCCAAUGCCAGCCAACGCCAUGGCGAUGGCGUCCAAGGCUUCCACCCCGGACUCGGAGGUCUCAGCCCCCCCACAGGAGAACUGUUACCGCCUGGUGGUAGUCGGCUCGCCCAAGGUGGGCAAGACGGCCAUCGUCAGCCGAUUCCUAAACGGCAAGUUUGAGGACCAGUACACGCCCACCAUCGAGGACUUCCAUAGGAAAAUCUACAAAAUCAAAGGGCACGUGUACCAACUGGACAUUCUGGACACUUCCGGGAACAAUCCAUUUCCAGCGAUCAAGAAGUUGUCCAUUUUAACAGGAGAUGUUUUCAUCCUCGUUUUCAGCAUCGACAACAAGGACUCAUUCGGCGAGGUACAGCGCCUGCGCAAACAAAUCCUGGAGACCAAGUGCGGCAACGGCGCCAAGUCCGUUCCCAUGGUGAUCGCGGGCAACAAGUGCGAUCGGGAGGGCAGCCGGCAAGUGAACGCUGAGGACGCCCGUCGGGCCUUCGAGUCCUCCAAGAAGUGCACCUUCGUAGAGACUUCGGCCAAGAGGUGCCACAACAUCGACGUGUUGUUCAAGGCGCUGUUUGAGAACGCCAAGAUGCCGAGCGAGAUGAGUCCGUCCCUGCACCGUAAGAUCAGCGCCAGCAGCAGCCCGGCCCUCAAGCCCAGCAGCAACGGCAAGCUGGCCCUGCGGAGGCGCCUCAGCGAGGCCUGCGGUAUGGUGUCACCUAACGCCAGGCGACCCAGCGUCCGGAGUGACCUGCUCCAGUUGCGCUCCAAGGUACAUCGUAACAGUCAGGAUGAAGACGACGAUGACGACGACGAUGACAGGAGCAGUAUCCAAAAGAAACUACGCAAGAUCGCCUGCUGUAUACAGUGAUAAUGAAUGGACAUUUUGAGAUCACGCGUCUGAACUGAACUAUCAGAGAAGUGAACAUGUUUUGUACUAUAAGAAAAAAAACCUGCUUUGUAAACUUGACACGUUUUAUUCAUUUUAACCAAAGCCUUAUUGUUGUCCAGUGAAUGACCAUUUGAGAAGUUAAGAAAACGAAAGUGACGCUAGACGAUUGAAGACACCUUUUUAGGACGUGACAUUGACACCAUCGGGCGACGUGGCUAAUACCAGUAUACACCAACAGUUUUUCAAGCACUCUGGUACACUGAGUCCCGAUGUCAUAUGAAAAUCCGAUUCCUAUGAAAAUCGGACCCCUUUUCCCUAUUAUUGGUUAAUCCCUCGCACGUGACAGGUCACUCUCCCGUAUGUGAUCCUAAAAAUAACAUAUUCUCGUACUUACGCAUGCGUAAUACUACCAAUGAGUCCACAUUUCAUGGAGUUGGAUAUUCACGCUACACCAGCUCAGAUUUGACUACUUUUCAGUGUCAGAUGACACUUUUACGGAUCAAAAUGACACCUAUCUGAGUCCAAAUCUUCCUGGUCAUGUGUAUCAGGAUAUCUCGGUAAAAGUGUCAUUUUGACCCAGAAAAGUGUCAAAAUGACACUUUUGACCCAGAAAAGUGUCAAAAUGACACUUUUGACCCAGAAAAGUGUCAAAAUGACACUUUUGACCCUCACAAAUGUCAGGUCAAUUUGACCUGGAUUCCGGGUGAAAUCUGACUGUAAAUGAUGACAGUUCAGACUAACUCAAAUUACCAUUAAGCAGACGAAACAGGUAUAGAGUUUUUGUGAGGGUUCAAGCUGAACUUUGUAGAAUGGAUUCAGUAAAAGAGCAAAGGAGUAAAAGAGUAUAGCCGGCCGCAUUGUCUGUCGCUUGAAAACGCUUCUCUGCUUCCCAAAACGCCUCUCACGUCGCACCGAACCAUCGAUUCCCCCGGAAAGCUGACCCCGACAACACUGUACAGUGACCUUACACUUCACACAGGAUAGACGUGAUGUGCCUACGAUUUGGUGGACAAGUGUACGUGACGGGUUGCGAUUCACCUGCACCUCGGCGGCAGGCAGCUGUCCGCAUGCACCGCGCCGGAAAACGGACGGACGACACUGUCGGAUUGAUCUAUAGCGCGUUCGGACCAAAGACGGAAAUAUCUGUAUAUUGAGCGAACAAAAGGAUGUAAUUAAGAUACCAAUUCAAGGCGAUACAGUAAUGACUGUGACGCGACUUUGAACGAUGACAGAGAUUUUUUUGUGCCACAAGUUGGUUGCCGCAGGUGUAUUAGUUUUGUAUUGUUUGGAUUCGAUUUUAUAAUAAUGGCGUUUGUUGCAAACAGGGCGCUGUUGGAAGGGCUGAUUUCUUGCACAAAAUUUUGUGAAGGAAUCAUAGGCGCCCAAAGCAUUGUGGGCAGCUUACUGCCUCGUCCAAUGCACGUACAUUCUGUGGGCACGUGUCAUGCACAGGCGCAGAAGGGUUGACUGGUGUUAUUGUUCAGACAAAUUUUUUGUUAUACUAUAAUUCUUAUCAAAAAAUGGUUUAAUUUUGUACAAUUUGGUUAAUGGGCCUUCUUGGUUGAAGCGAUUGUAUUUGUUCUAAACUAUGGAGUCGUAAUACUUACGGUAUGUCAUUAUUGCUUCGGAUAUGUCCGGAAAUAACAACUAAAUUUCUGUGCUGGUAAAAUAAAAUCAGUCAGUUCACAUUGUGUGCUCUACUUACACGUAUAUUACUGGUGAUAUGAUGUGCUUAAAACAAAGCUUCGCGAGAUCUUUCCAUCCACACUCUCUGACCAAUGAAAUGCGCGCUUUGUGUUACGUGCCUGACCUCACAUGAAUAUUCAGGUUGUGCUAAUUAAAUGUUAUGAUUAUUCAUCGUGUGUGAGUGUGACUGUGCUGCUGACCGAAAAUCUCUUUACACUUAAGCAAAAUGGUAAAUUAAUUAUUUUGCAUGAUAAUUUAACUUUUAAUUUGUCACCUUUCGGAAAAGACCAGCAUGGGCCUAUAUCCUAAAGUGAUAUAAAUAACUGUGAUUGACGCCCACGGUCGUUGGAAUCCUUAACACGUCCAAAUCAAUUUACACUCAGUUGAACGUGCAACUAUAUUUGUAUACCAAUCUUAGAUAUUAUAGCAUUUAUGCCUUUUUCGACAGUUUUGCCACCCUAACCUAAAGACCCCCCCCCC